GUGAUUCCUUCCUGGAGGAGAACGGAAGUGGGAUUGGGCUGCAGUGGCGAAAGUUGCCACAGUGUAAACCUAGAGCUGAGGUGAGUGGGAGGAGACCGCUAGUGGUUCCAGUCCUGGUUCUUGAUCCUCCACAAUGGGUGAACCACAGCAAGUGAGUGCACUCCCACCACCUCCAAUGCAGUAUAUCAAGGAAUAUACAGAUGAAAAUAUUCAGGAAGGCCUAGCCCCCAAGCCUCCCCCUCCAAUUAAGGACAGUUAUAUGAUGUUUGGCAACCAGUUCCAAUGUGAUGAUCUUAUCAUCCGCCCUUUGGAAAGUCAGGGAAUUGAACGGCUUCAUCCUAUGCAGUUUGAUCAUAAGAAGGAACUGAGAAAACUCAAUAUGUCAAUCCUUAUUAAUUUUUUGGACCUUUUAGAUAUCUUGAUAAGGAGCCCUGGGAGUAUAAAACGAGAAGAGAAGCUAGAAGAUCUUAAGCUGCUCUUUGUACAUGUGCAUCAUCUUAUAAAUGAAUACCGACCCCACCAAGCAAGAGAAACGUUGAGAGUCAUGAUGGAAGUCCAGAAACGCCAACGGCUUGAAACAGCUGAGCGCUUUCAGAAACACCUAGAACGAGUAAUUGAGAUGAUUCAAAAUUGCCUGGCUUCUUUGCCUGAUGAUCUGCCCCAUUCAGAAGCAGGGAUGAAAGUAAAAACUGAACCGAUGGAUGCUGAUGACAGCAACAAUUGUACUGGACAGAGUGAACAACAAAGAGAAAAUUUAGGACAUAGAAGGGACCAGAUUAUAGAGAAAGAUGCUGCCUUAUGUGUCCUUGUUGAUGAAAUGAAUGAAAGACCAUGAAAAUCUUCCUGUUUUUUUGUUUUCCUUUUGGUAAAUAGAGUUGUAAAUUAGUAUAUUUUCUUUUGACAGUGUUAGAAGGGGUACUAUGUAACUAAAAACAGAAGACGAUUUUUUUUUUCUUGACUCCAGCUUUUCAGUUAUGAGAUUCUAUAGGCAAUAGUUUCACUGCAUAAUGAAUAUAGGCAAACGACUACACCUACAUUAAGAGUAAUCAUCUUAAAAACCAAAAUGUUGGCUUUUGAGUGAAAGAUUCCUAUUUUUGAAGUUGCAAUAAAACUUUGAAGAUAUCCUCAGUAAUAGCAAGCUUUCAUCCUUGAAAAAAGUAAAUUUGUCAUUUAUUUUAAGAAUGAUAAAGGGUAUCGAGCUGUAUAUGUGGGAUUAUUAAACUUUAGACUUAUUUCCUUAAAAAUUUUGCUUUAUCUCCAAAAAGUAAUAUAAAAUUCUAAAAGAAGAACCCAGUAGAAUUAGAAAACUAUAUUUUCUUUAUGACUCUAUAAAUCACCAUCUGUCUCUUCUCCCCAUCCUGCAUAAAAUGAUGGGAUGACAGUCCCAUAAAUUGUUCUUUUUGCCAGUCACUCAGGUAAUGAAUUAAUUUAUUGGUCACUUUAGUUUCAUGGUUCCAUUUUAGUAAUUAAGAUAAAAAUGUAGUUAACUAUACAUUUCGUUUUAUCAUAGCUUAGGUUUGCUUAGGGGUAGAAGCCUGCAACAGAAAAAAUGUUUGUUAGCAGGGACUGCUAGAUGUCUGCCAAAGAUUCUUGCUUCCUUUUGAGAUAAUGUUGAGAGAUGGCUGCCCAGUCAGGAACCACAUACCUCUAUGUGGCCUUGUAUCUGUGUGAGGCCUUAGGACUUUUAAGUCCUGGAAAAUGAAAUAAUACAGGUGUAGGAAUCUAGGUCUGCCUCAUUAAGAUUUUUUGCAUGAUCCUCCAUGUUCUCCUGCCAUCUCCUGGUUAGAUAGGCACAUUCAGGAUAUCUUUGAAGAUGGCAAUGAUCCAGUCAUUCUUCUUCCUUGAAAGAGGACUAGGUCUGCCUUUUCAUUAAUUGCACAUCUCCUCUCCCAGAGAAUGUGACUUUAUGUGAGCAAAAAAUAAACUUGUUUUCAGUACUGAGAUUUUAUUUUUGCACUUUUUUUUUUCUCCUCCCACUUACUUCACCCCUCUUCCACCAAGGUCUUGGUGGAGUAUCUUUGUGUCUGAGCUGUCUGCCUGCCAUUUUCUUAAGGUAGGGCAGUGAGUCUCAAAUUGUCCUGUAUCUGCCACAUUAGCAUCACUUGGAGACUAAUUAGAAAUGUGAAUUCUGACCCUACUCCAGACCUGAGCCAGAACUCUAGACACAGCAUCCAGGAAGCUGUAUUUUAGCAAGCCUUUCAUGUGAUUAAAAUGCAAGCUCAAGAUUAAGACCACUGAUACAGGUAAUGCUGUUUCUUAGAUGUCUGCUUUGAAUUCUGCCCUCAUCUGGUUUCUAGCCAAGAAUUUGCUUCAUUAAGGUCUUACUGGCCCUGGAACUGGUAAAGUUCAGUUUAAAAUGACUACAGGCCAGUUCUGUGAGAUUUAUAUACUGUGAAUCUUGGAUAUACAGAGGUUUCCCCAAUUAGACA